UUAUAUAUUUUCAAAUAAUUUAUGUUUUGUACUUUCAUUACCAGGUUCAACUAAAUCUAAGGGUGAUAUUGAGACUCCAAUAUUGAUAUAAGGCUUUUUGGACACAUAAAGUAGAAAUGAUUGGUAUUUAGAUGCUAGAGUUUCCACAACAUUUUGGCAGAUGGACCUGCAUCAACUCAAAAUGUGCUAAAGCUGAAUGGAUUUGUAUUGGAUCUGUCUAAGCUAAGCCACCGGAUUACAAACAAAAGAAAAGAAAAUUGCAAACAUGGAUGCUUUUGAAGAAUCAAAGAAUGAUAUGAAUAUCUUAAUAUUUUUUCCGCAAUCUUCUUCAACCAUUUUUCUACACGAGUUUUCUGCUUCUACACAUCUAAUUUUAUUAGUAGUUUUAUCCAUUUUUUGGGCGUUCAAGAGACGCACGAUGCUUACCCUUGAAAAUUCAAAACCAAUUUUGAAAAAUACAUAUUUUUUAUACUAUUGGUCAGCCCUUACCUCUUGCAUGGGUUUGACCGUUUGUCAUCUUCUUCUGUGUAUAUUGAACUACCUCUCUAGUUAUAGAGAUGGCUGGUCUGAUCUAAAUCUUUUUGCCCAAUUGGAUUUUGUAUUCAGGACACUAUCUUGGUUUGCGAUCUCUGCUUACUUGCACAUCCAAUUUUCUCAUUCAAGUGAAUGUAGGUUCCCCAUUAUACUAAGGAUUUGGUGGGUCUUUUACUUCCUAAUGUCUUGUUCAUAUCUUGUUAUCCAUCUUGGUUUGUAUUUUAAACUUUCAUCCUUACCAUUCCAACUAUGGGUUUCCGAUGUUGCAUCCAUUAUUGCCGGUUUGUUCUUUUGUUAUGCUGGAUUAUUUGGCAUGGGGAGAGAAGAUGAAUAUUUUCAUCAUUUGGAGCCUCUUUUGAAAAUUAGUCCCAAUCGAAACAAUAGUGACAACAGACAAGGAUCAAGCGUUGGUGGAGAGAUUGUAACUCCUUAUGCAAAUGCCAAUCUUCUUAAUAUUUUUACUUUCUCUUGGAUUGGCCCUCUGCUUGCACUCGGGAAUAAUAAAACACUAGACCUUGAAGAUGUUCCUCAGCUUGCCUAUUAUGAUAGUGCCAAUGUGGUCUUUAGUCAUUUUAGAAAUAAACUUGAAUCCGAUGGUAAUGUUAUUCAAGUAAGCACACUGAAGCUGAUGAAGACAUUGAUUCUCUCCAUGUGGAAAGAAAUUAUAUUGACGGCUCUACUCUCCGUUGUAUGCACAUUGGCUUCUUAUAUUGGACCAUAUCUUAUUGAUGCCUUUGUUCAGUAUCUCAAUAGCUCUCACCAAUUAAAAUAUAAAGGCUAUGCUCUUGUGUUUAUUUUCUUUCUUUCAAAGCUCAUAAGGUGUCUCAUGGAGAGGCACUUGUUCUUUCAAUUACGAAAGAUGGCAAUUAAAGUCCGUGCUGCUUUAUUCUCAAUAAUCUAUAAGAAGUGUCUCAAACUUUCAAGCCAAUCAAAACAGGGCCACACUAGUGGGGAGAAUGUUAAUUUGAUGAGUGUUGAUGUUGAGAGGACUGGUCGUUUCAGUUGGUACUUACACGAUAUAUGGAAGGUGCCUCUUCAAAUUGUUCUAGCAUUAUUGAUCUUGUACAAGAGCCUUGGGCUUGCUUCACUUGUAGCUUUUGCUGCCACAAUGAUUUUGAUGUUAGUAAAUCUUCCAUUGGGAAAACUACAGGAGAAGUUUCAGGAAAAAUUGAUGGAUUCAAAGGAUCGAAGGAUGAAGGUGACAUCUGAGGCUCUAAGGAAUAUGAGGAUUCUCAAGCUCCAGGGAUGGGAGAUGAAGUUCUUGGCUAAGAUAAUUGACUUUAGGAGUUUUGAAACAAGAUGGUUAAAGAAGUUACUUUAUACAUCAGCUAUGACUGUCUUUGUCUUCUAUUCUGCUCCCAUGUUUGUAUCCAUGGUUACUUUUGGGUUCUGUGUGCUUAUGAGAAUUCCGCUAGAGUCAGGGAAGAUUUUAUCUGCACUUGCAACAUGUGAGAUAUUGCAAGAGCCCAUUUAUAGUCUCCCAGACUUAAUCUCCAUGGUAGUUCAAACUAAGGUUUCCCUCGACAGGAUAGCUUCAUUCCUCUGUCUCGAUGAUCUUCAUCCUAAUAUGGUACAAAAGCUUUCAACAGAUAGUAUUGAGGUAGCAGUUGAGAUAGUCAAUGGGAAUUUCUCUUGGGGCCUUCUUGCCCCUAAUUUCACAUUGAAAGAUCUUAACUUUCGAGUAAAUUGUGGUAUGAGAGUAGCUGUUUGUGGUUCUGUUGGGUCAGGUAAGUCAAGCCUACUUUCUUGCAUAUUAGGGGAAAUGUCAAAGUUGUCUGGAUCCAUUAAGUUGAAUGGGACAAAGGCCUAUGUUGCACAAUCACCUUGGAUUCAGAGUGGCAAAAUAGUAGACAAUAUAUUGUUUGGUAAGGUGAUGGAAAAUGAACGCUAUGAGAUGAUCCUUGAAGCAUGUUCAUUAAAGAAGGACUUAGAAUUGUAUGCUUAUGGAGAUCAGACUGUCAUAGGGGAAAGAGGAGUCAACUUGAGUGGCGGGCAGAAGCAAAGAAUCCAGAUUGCACGUGCUUUGUACCAUAAUGCUGAUAUUUAUCUACUUGAUGAUCCUUUUAGUGCUGUGGAUGCUCACACGGGGACUCAUCUAUUUAAGGAGUGUUUGCUAGGAAUUUUGGGUUCAAAAACAGUAAUCUAUGUUACCCACCAAGUAGAGUUUUUACCUUCUGCUGAUCUAAUCCUGGUUCUCAAGGAUGGAAUGAUUACUCAAGCAGGAACGUAUAAAGAAAUUCUUAAAUCAGGAACUGACUUUAUAGAAUUAGUGGGUGCACAUGAGAAAGCUUUGCUAGACCUUAAUUCUGUCGAACAUAGGGCUACUUUGGAUAAUUUAAUUGAUGGUAGUGAAGAAGAUGGUAAUAUGUUGUGUAGAGAGAAGUCUAUUCAAAAUGAUAAGGAAAGGGAACCCGAAAACGACAAAUCAGAAAAACUAGUUGAGCCAGAAGGGCAGCUUGUCCAAGAAGAAAAGAGAGAAAAGGGUGGAGUUAGUGUUUCAGUUUACUGGAAGUAUGUUACAGCAGCACAUAAAGGGGGUUUUGUACCAUUGAUAUUAUUGGCACAAAUUCUUUUUCAACUUCUCCGUAUAUUCAGUAGUUACUGGAUGGUGUUGGCUACUCCCGUUUCAGAGAAUGUGAGACCUCAUGUUAGAGAAUCCACUAUCAUCUUUGUUUAUGUUUCUUUAUUCCUUGGAAGCUCUCUUUGUGUACUUAUAAGGUCCGUGCUCAUUGUAACUACUGGAUAUAAGACAGCCACUCUUCUUUUCAACAAAAUGCAUUUGUGCCUUUUUCGUGCUCCUCUACAAUUUUUUGAUUCUACUCCUAGUGGAAGGAUUUUAAAUCGGGUAUCCAUAGAUCAAAGUGCAAUUGAUACAUCUAUUCCACACCAUAUUGAAGAACUUCUAAUCUCAAUCAUUGGGUUCCUGGGAACUGCUGCUGUAAUUUCACAGGUUGCAUGGAAAAUGUUAAUAGUUUUUAUACCGAUGAUUGUGACAUGCAUAUGGUACCAGCAAUACUACAUAUUGGCGGCGCGAGAACUAUCACGGUUGGUUGGAGUAUGUCAGGCUCCAAUUAUACAACAUUUUACUGAAUCUAGUUUAGGUUCAACCACAAUCAGAUGCUUUGAUCAAGAAGAGUGGUUUAUGGACACAAACUUUAAGCUGGUGGAUGGGUAUUCCCGGCCCAUAUUUCAUUUCUCUGGUGCAAUGGAGUGGUUAUGCUUUCGCAUGGAUAUAUUAGCAUCUAUCACGUAUGCCUUCUCUUUGGUUUUCUUGAUAUCAAUGCCAAAGGGAGUACUUAGUCCUGGUGUUGCGGGUUUAGCGCUCACGUAUGGGCUAGGUUUCAGUAUGCAUGGGGUCAUAUGGGAUCUUUGUAGUCUUGAAAAUAAAAUCAUAUCCGUGGAGAGAAUACUACAGUAUACCAACAUCCCUAAUGAACCUCCUUUGUUGGUAGAAGAAAAUAGGCCAGGAUGUGAAUGGCCAUCACAAGGGAAAGUUGAUAUUCUUGAUCUGCAGGUCCGGUAUGCCCCACACCUUCCUCUUGUCUUGCGAGGUCUCUCAUGCAUUUUCCCCGGAGGGAUGAAGAUUGGCAUCGUUGGGCGAACAGGAAGUGGUAAAUCAACUCUUGUACAAGCUCUCUUCCGCAUGCUUGAACCCAUAGCCGGACAGAUUUGGGUAGAUGGUAUCAACAUCUCUGAGAUUGGCCUUCAUGACUUGCGAUCAAGAUUGAGCAUCAUCCCACAAGACCCAACAAUGUUUGAGGGGACUAUAAGAAGCAAUUUGGAUCCACUUGAAGAAUACACUGAUGAACAAAUCUGGGAGGCAUUAGAUAAAUGUCAUCUUGGUGAUGAAGUAAGAAAGAAGGAAGGGAAACUUGAUACUACAGUGGCUGAGAAUGGAGAGAAUUGGAGCAUGGGUCAAAGACAACUAGUCUGUUUAGGGAGGUUAUUACUCAAGAGGAGCAAAGUGAUAGUACUCGAUGAAGCUACUGCAUCAAUGGAUACUGCAACUGACUACCUCAUUCAACAAACGCUUAGGCAACACUUCUCAGGGUCUACUGUCAUCACAAUCGCACAUAGGAUAACAUCAAUUCUUGAUAUUGAUAAAGUCCUGCUUCUCGAUAAUGGGAUUGUGCUAGAAUAUGAUUCCCCAGCAAAACUACUAGAGACUAAGUCCUCAUCAUUUGCAAAGCUUGUUAAGGAGUAUACUCGAAGAUGUAGUUCCUAGUUUUUGAAAGGUUAAAUAAGUGAGUUUUGAAUGUUCAAAUGUAACAAGAUGCAUUGCUAUUUGGAGUGUGAUAAAAAUUUGUUGGGAGAUGAAGGUGGAAUA